AUGUGCAAAGGACAAGUCAUAGUUGUUGAACCAAGAUGGAUAAGAGUGUUGGUUUUCCUGAUGAGAUUAAUGAACUUAUUCAAGCUUGAAAAAGCAAACCACAUUGAACAGGACAUUGAAACUGAGUCUGUUAAUGUCGUGGUCUCAGAUUUCAACUCUCAGGAUACAAUUGGUUUUAAGGGUUCUGCUUCCGUUGUUGCUGAUAAUACUCUUAUCUCUACUUUUCCAAAUAUCAUUCCAAUGAGUCCAUCAACCAACCAUGACACCACUAGCCUCCUUUCACCAACUACCAAUGCGAAAAGUAAACUUGUAGAUGUUUACGAUCUUGAAGAUACUAUUUGUUUGGUUUCUUAUGCAAACAGAAAACAUAACCAGAAAAGGUAG